AUGACGCCUGGAAAGGCCAAGAAGAGCUCCUCGGGCCACGAAUACUUAUCUACGCUCUUCACGGCAAAUACUCUCAACAAGACGAUCGAUCAACUCAAGGAUGAGUUUGCCGAGGUCCCCAGGUACGUGAGCAAGGAAAAGAUGGAGGCGUUCCUGAAGAACGGGCCGAAAAAUCGGUCGCCGGAUGUGCCAUGCGUCGACAAGUCGCGCGUCAUCCUGAAGCACUACGGCCCCAACUACAUCCAUGCCAACUACGUGUACCUGUACGGCUCGACUUUCAUCUGCGCGCAGUUGCCGACCAGCGAGACUGUGGCCGACCACUGGCUGAUGAUCAUGCAGGCCGAUUGCGAGUGCAUCGUAACGCUCAGCGACCCCAGUGAAAGCGGCAAGUUCACCCCCUACUGGCCGACCCGCGAAAAUCGGAUCAAGAAGUUUGGCGACUUCACCAUCCGUCUGUCGGGUAUGGAAAACCACCAGUCGCCCACGCUGAAGGACUCCGUCACGUGGUUCGGCUACGACGUGUCGCUGGAUGGAAAGAACAUACAAAGCAUUAUCCACUAUCAAUGGACGGACUGGCCGGCGGGUGGGGUGCCCCGAGACUUUGCUGGCCCCCUCGAACUGCUCAAGGAUUUGUCACACACUAGG